UCUUGAGGUAGGACCAUUUAAUCCUUACCAGGUAAUAUGAGCUGCACUGAUGCUUCAAGGCAUCACUCAAUCUCUGACAUCUCUGUGAAGCAUGUCAGAACCACUAAAAGGCAUGCUAUCUACAAGAAGAUAUCACAUGACAAAGCUGUUACAAUCUACUUAGGAAAGCGAGAUUUCAUUGAUCAUGUGGAAUCUGUGGAAUCUGUGGAUGGAGUUGUAUUGGUGGAUCCUGAUAUUGUGAAGGAGAAAAAAGUAUAUGUAACACUCACGUGUGCCUUUCGAUAUGGGCCAGAAGAUAUUGAUAUUAUAGGCCUGACUUUUAGAAAGGAUCUGUACUUUCACAGAGUACAGAUUUAUCCAUCACUAGACAAACCAGGACCCCUCACUACUUUGCAGGAAAGCCUGAUAAAUAAACUGGGGGAAAAUGCAUACCCCUUUGUAUUAACUUUUCCAGAUUAUCUGCCUUGCUCAGUGUGUCUGCAGCCAGCUCCCCAUGAAGUUGAAAAGUGCUGUGGAGUGGACUUUGAGAUCAAAGCUUUUUCUACAGAUGAUCCAAAAGAAAGGAUUCUCAAGAGACAUUCUGUAUGCCUGCUUAUACGCAAAGUCCAAUAUGCUCCAGAAGUAGCAGGACCUCAGCCUCAUGCAGAGACUACCUGGCAGUUUUUCCUGUCCAAGAAGCCAUUGCACUUGAAAGCUUGCCUCAGUAAAGAGGUGUUUUAUCAUGGUGAACCAAUCCAUGUUACAGUGACAGUGAUAAAUAAUACAGAAAAAACGGUUAAGAAGAUCACUGUGUCAGUAGAACAAGUUGCCAAUGUGAUAUUAUACUCUAGUGACUUCUAUACCAAGACAGUGGCUCUUGAAGAGUCAGAGGAAAAGGUCCAACCAAACAGUAAGCUUACAAAGAUAAUAACUGUUCUUCCUUUGUUGGCAAACAAUCGAGUGAAGAAAGGCAUAGCACUAGAUGGGAAACUAAAGGAUGAAGACACUAACCUGGCUUCUACUACUAUUAUAAAAGAUGGAAUAGACCGGACAGUUCUAGGGAUCCUGGUUGCUUACAAGAUCAAGGUGAAGCUUACUGUCUCAGGUGAUGUGAGCAUGGAGUUGCCCUUCCGUCUGAUGCAUCCCAUGCAAGACGAGACCAAUACAGCAGAAAAGGAAAGUGGCCAAGAUGACCUGGUGUUUGAGGAGUUUGCUCGGCAGCAACUGAAAGAUGAAGCUUCUGUAGAAGACAGCAAAAUGGAGUAUCCAAAUACCGAAUGAAAGAGGGAGAAGGGACGAAGUUAGCAGAGGCCAUAACUUUUGUAUUUGUUAAGAAACAAAAUAGUUAAAUUGAGUUGAUCCGUGAUUCUUGUCUUUUCACUUAAGCUUCUUGCAUCACUACAAAUGUAGAUCUACAGACUGGUUAUUUAGCAGUUGAACUCAUCAAAUUAAAGUGAUCAUGCCACAUCUCCAAAUGGGUGUUCCAUUAUCAAACUGUUCUUACUAUUUUUCUAAUGUUUACUUUGAAAAGGGCAAUUAUUUUCCCCCCCUCAAUCAUUCUUUUUUCUCAAGGUUAAACAUAUCCAGCUUCUCCAAUUUCUGUUCAUAGGAUUUAAUUUCUAGUUAUCUGAUCGUCUUUGUUGCUCUUCUCUGAGUAUGCUCCAAUAUCUCUGAACAAAACAUUAUACCUGAUGUGGGUCUGAAAAAGCCUAAUAAAGCCUAAUAAAGUGGCACAAUUAAUUGUCUUGAUUUGGAAGUUAUAUUUUUGUAGCUCAGCCAUUAAUUGUAUUUGCUUUUUUGCAAUAAAACUAUGUAUGUUGGAUUAUAUACAGUUAGCAAUCUACUAUCAUCUUCACAAGUAUCACUACCAAUUAAGUAUCUCCCUGUCUAUAUAUUCUAAUUAUUAAAGAAUGUAUCCAGUAAACAAAUGAGAUGAAAUUAAUUAAGCAAGAUUUGUUCUUACAUAUUUCUCAUAAAAAAUUUUUCAAGGUUUGCUUUAUGCCUUCUCUAAAAUCUUCCCACAUAUUGAUGACAAACUGCUUGGUUUGCAGUUUGGUGGAUUUUCCCGUUUGAACAGAGAAUCAACAUUUGCACACAUUCAGCCACCUGGCAUUUCACCAUUUCCCCAGGAUUUGUAAAAAAUAAUGCAUAAGGGUUUCUCAUACCAUCAUUUAGUUCUCCCAUCAUCUUUAAAAGCAGUUUAUUGAGCAUUGGAGAUAAAAUAAAACCAUUACAUUUAGCUGCAGUAGGAAAAGUAGAUCCCAUUCUAUUAUAAAAUUAUAAGCUGAUUUUACAUAGCCAGGAAAUUUAUAAGACAUUAUCUUCAAUUUUGUGAAUUCCAGUUGUGUUGAAUGUCAACUACUUUCAUUGCUUACCCUGCUGGAUGAGGGAUUAUAACAAUUGAACUAAAGAAUUCAACAGGAAAUGACUUGAGGGAACCUGAAGAGGAAUCAAGUCUUGCUGAAUUAUAAUUUUUGUUUAUCCUAAUCAUGCCUUUUGCUUGAAAAAGAAAAUAUAAAGAAUAAUUCUAAUGCAACUUUAUAUAUCAUGUUUUGUUCAUAUAAAAUUGUAAAGUGAAUAGCAAUUAGCAAAUGUUCUUCGAUAAACAUAAAUAUUUGCAAGUAUAUGUGGGAAGGAAGUCAGAAUAUAUCAGACUUCUCUGUUGGAUGCACACAUAAUGCAACAAUACAUUUUCUGUCAGGUUAAGAACAUUUUUUAGCUAGUAUCUCAUAUUCUCUAUAUCACAGCACCAAAUCAUGGAUUUAAAAAUGAGACUAUUGCCUUACACAAUGUAAGCCACCCUGAGUCUUCGGAGAAGGGCGGGAUAUAAAUGUAAACAAAUAAUAAUAAUAAUAAUAAUAUUUGCAUUUGUUUGAAUGUUCCGAGUCUUUGACUCAGACCUCAAAACCAUAAU